AAAUUUUGGUUUUUAGUUUUUGGUUUUCACUUUUAAAAUUAAUAAAAUGAAAUAUUAUUAAUAAUAAUAAAAAUCCUGAAAAAAUAAAUAAAUAAUUAAAAUACUAUUAUCAAAACACACAUAAACUUAUUUAAUAAAAUUAUUUUAAAACAAAAACUGCAAAUACAAAAUAAAAUUAUUGUGACUCCAAUAUAGAUACAGAAAUUUGAUCUUAAAUGUCUUCCUUAUAUUUCAUUUGAGUGUUAUUAUGUUCUCUGGUGUACUUGUAAUUUUUUUAUCCAAUGCCUGAUCAGAAUGAUUAAUAUAAUUAAUAUUAUUAAAAAAACAUUGCCCUAUUGCCCGUCGUAAUCAUAAUGCUCCGAUGAUAUCGAUAUGAUUACAAGCGAGUCUUGUUCUCAUGAUGAUCAAGCGAGUCAUAUUCAAAGUCACAUAAUUUAUAUGAUCCAAUUGAAAUCAACAUAAGAAUUCAAAUGUUCAAAUCUAAACUCCUUGACGAAAACAACAGGGCAGAUAUGUUUGACCAUCAUCCGGUCAAAUCCAAAAUGAUGACGUGUCGGCACUGUCAUAAAACUUUUAGACUUUUUGACCUUUAAUAUCAGUUGAGAUCAGGCCACGUGUAAAAUGUCAAAUCUGAGCCGUUGGUCAUUACUUACACGCGUGAGAUUUCUUCCCCAAUAUUGGUCUCGUCUCCGUCUUUCCGGCUGUUCGAUCUGUUUCUUUCUUUGACCAACCAAAAAAAAAAAAGACAACUUUUUAGAGCUUUUCUUUCUUUCUUUCUUACAUUGAACACAUUAUUACCACCAUACUUGAAUCUCACUUCUCUCUCUCUGUAUCCUCUCGCGAAAUCUCAUAUUGUUAGGAACUCUCUGAAUUUGUAGAGGAGUUUGUUCUGAUUGAUUAGGGUUAUCGGGAGAUAUGAUGAAAGCAUCGUUAGGGAGGUUAAGGAGAUUCGCAUUGCCCACCAAGGUCGAUGCGGUUAAUAUUGAAGAGCUUUUUCCUACUACACAGAUUGAUGGCCUUGCUCGAGCCUCCAAGGAUAUGCAAGAAAUGAGAGAGAGAUAUGAUAGAUUACUCUCUGUUGCUGCUGCCACUGCCAAUAGCGCUUAUGAGUUUUCUGAAUCAUUGGGGGAGAUGGGUUCAUGCUUGGAGCAAAUCUCUCCUCAUAACGAUGAAGAAAGUGGUAGAAUUUUGCUCAAGUUGGGUCAAGUUCAGUUUGAGCUUCAGAAACUCGUCGACACUUAUCGUUCUCAAAUAUUCAAGACCAUUACACGACCGUCAGAGUCACUUCUCAGUGACCUUAGAACCGUCGAGGAUAUGAAGCAACAAUGUGAAGAAAAGAGAGACGUUGUUAAGAACAUGGUGAUGGAGCAUGUGAAAGACAAGGUACACCUUAAAGGCAGUAAAGGGGAGAAACUUAUACGCCGACAGUUGGAGACUGCUCGUGAUGAGCUACAAGACGAGGCCACCUUGUGCAUUUUCCGAUUAAAAUCUCUAAAGGAAGGACAAGCUCGAAGUCUCCUCACACAAGCAGCCCGCCACCACACUGCUCAGAAGCAUCUGUUCUUGGCUGGUCUAAAAUCACUUGAGGCAGUAGGGCAACAAGUCAGAAUUGCUGCAGAGAGACAACACAUCGACUGUGAGCUCUCUGAUAACGAGAACGAAAUGGAAUCUAGUGAGGAUGAUGAUGAUGAUGACCGACAUUUUAAGAGAGAUGGAGAACUCAGUUUUGACUACAUAACAAGUGAGCAGAGAGUAGAAGCUCUACCUACACCACAAGGAUCGACGAAGGUAAAUGCAGAUCAUAGAGAAGAGAACCCAAUGUCAUACCAAGAUCGCAGAAAGAGCAGCCAUUCAGCACCGUUGUUCCCUCAUGAGAAGUCUGCAAACGCUUACGUAUUACCAACUCCUGUCGAUUCAAAGUCCUCAUCAAUCUUCACGCAAGCAAACCACAGUGCACACUUAUGGCAUUCGUCUCCGCUUGAACCGAUAAAAACCGUUCAUAAAGAAGCGGAAAGCAACAUCUAUUCCCGUCUCCCUCGUCCUUCAGAAACUACUCAGCACGCCUUUUCUGGACCGGUCAAACCAUCCUCAACCCGUCUUCCAGUUCCGGGUCAGGCUCACUCAUCUUCUCCAAGGAUGUCUCCUGCGGCUUCACCUCCUCUCGCUUCUUCUCCGCGGAUCAACGAACUCCAUGAGCUUCCUAGACCACCGGGUCAAUCUGCUCCUCCACGACGCUCUAAAUCUCCUGUUCUGACUGGUCACUCAGCUCCUGUAACCACGUGGAGUCAAGAAAGAAGCAAUGUAGCUGUGUCCAAGAACAUUGUAGCAUCACCACUUCCGGUUCCACCUUUGGUUGUACCAAGAAGCUACUCCAUACCUUCAAUAAACCAGAGAGACCAACCCUUUCUUGACACUGACAGAGUAGUCUCUCCACCGCCUCUGCCUCUAACUCCAGCGUCUCUGAUGAAUCUCAGAUCGCUCUCUCGGUCUCGGUCUCGGGUCGGGGAAGCUGCUUCUCAGAGCGGUCAAAUAAGAGGAGUAAAAUUGAUUGGACGAUGAAGAUGUGUAGUAGUAGCUAGCUGUGGCGUGGCGUUUGAUCAAAACGUUGGUUUGUAGAAAGUAAAUAUACAAGUCUGAUUAUUUUGUAGUUCUUUGGUUUUUUGAAGAAAAUCUCCUAAUUUGUAGCACUAUACUGUUUUUUGUUUCCCUUACAUAUCUUUGUAACUUUGAAAAAAAUUUAGUUGUUUUCUGAAAAUUAGGAGAAGGAAAUUUAAUGGUUCCUCA